AUGGACUUGUGGAAUGGGGAUGAAGCAUCACCACAGGAAGUGCCUCCGGGGAACCAGCUGUCAGGGUUGGGCGCUGAAUUUGGCUUCUAUUUCCCUGAACUGGCACUCCGAGGAGAAGCGCCGACAGCGGAGACAUGCUGGAAAGGAUUUCCAGAGCUGGACUGGAGCCCCUCCUUAGCACAUCCAGAAGCUUCAUGGGGGGCAGAGCCAGCCCCUCAGGCCCUUGCGUGGUCAGGAGACUGGGCAGACCUGUCCCGCACCACCUGCACUGCCUCGGACCCUUGGAACCACGCCUCCCAGAUCCUGGGCCCCGCCCCUGGUCCUGUCCCCUUCACUGGUUCCGAAGGGACGGUGGGCCAGAACUGUGACACCACGUGGUCGCACGUCCAGGCUGCCAGAAACACCAUCAGCUGGGACUGUUCUGUGGGCUCCCACGGCGCCACCUACUGGGGCAAUGGCCUCAGCGGGGAACCGCGCGCGGACUGUGCCGUUUCGUGGAGUGGGCCUGUGGGUUCGAACUGUGCCACCUCGUGGGAUCCGGGGCUGCAUGCAGACUGCAGCAUCUCUUCGAAGGGAUACCAGAGUUCAGCUGUCACCACUCCCUCCGAACAGAGUCAGCAGUCUGACCGGGAUGCCUUGGCUCGUUACCCCAAAACUAACCACCGAGGUCCCAUUCAGCUGUGGCAGUUCCUCCUGGAGCUGCUCCACGACCAGGCGCGUAGCAGCUGCAUCCGCUGGACUGGCAACAGCCGCGAGUUCCAGCUGUGCGACCCCAAAGAGGUGGCCCGGCUGUGGGGCGAGCGCAAGAGGAAGCCCGGCAUGAAUUAUGAGAAGCUGAGCCGAGGUCUACGCUACUACUACCGCCGCGACAUCGUGCGUAAGAGCGGUGGGCGCAAGUACACGUACCGCUUCGGGGGCCGAGUGCCCGGUAUACCCUGUCGGGACUGCUCCGAGGACAGUCAAGGAACAGAGAUCCAAUAA